UUUUAGAACGCAUGGUAAUUGUACGUGUGCAUGUGCACCGUGACUGCUGUGUUAGUUACCAGACUGGCCGUAUCGGGGGAUUAAACUGUACUGUUGGAGUUGGAUGUGCUUUUGUGGAUAGUACAUAUUGUGAGUUGGAAGACUUGACAGUAUCGGAAAAUCGUACUCUUGUGUUUUCCCGUGAAAAGUAUCGGAUGAUUACAGUGCCGAAGUCUGGUGUGCUCUGAAGGAAAGUAGUGACUCGAAAGACUGAAAGUAUAGGAGAAUUUCCUGUUUGCGUUUGAUUUGCUCCAAAGAAAAGUGGUAACUUUUGAAAGACUGGUAGUAUCGGAGAAGUGUCUAUCGCUGGCGCCUGAUGUUCUCUUGUGGAUUGUAGUAGUGAGUUGAAAGAACAAGAGAGCGAGAAAGAGGGAAGGAGCGAGCGCUUGUCGAUCUGUUCCCUCAUCAAGUAAGGCCGAUAUUUAAUGACCAUGGACGAGGAUGCCACGUCCGAUAACUCCAGCGUCGUCACGUUUUGUGACAGUGCCACCAUGUCGCUGGGCAGCGCGGUUUGCCAGCGUUGUGGGGAAGGCUUUGGCUUGGACGAGCAGAUCGUCAACUCUAACGGCCAGAUGUGGCACACAUACUGCUUUGUGUGUGCACAGUGCUUCCAGCCAUUUCCUGAGGGAAGAUUUUUCGAGUUUGAGGGCCGGAAGUAUUGUGAACAUGACUUCUGCGUCCUUUUUGCUCCCAGCUGUGCCAAGUGCGGCGAGUUCAUCAGUGGUCGGGUCAUCAAGGCCAUGAACGCCUCGUGGCAUCCCGAGUGUUUCCGCUGCUUUAGCUGCUCUAAAAUUCUGGCCGAUGAGGGAUUCAUCAAGAACCAAGGAAGAGCUCUGUGCAAGGACUGCAAUGCCAUGGAAAAGGCUAAGGGGCUUGGGAAGUACUUCUGCUUCAAAUGCCACUCAAUUAUUGAUGGCGGCCACCUGAAAUGGAAGGGUGAGCCCUAUCAUCCUUAUCACUUCAACUGUCACUCUUGUGGGUGUGAGCUGAAGGAGGACGCCCGUGAGAAGGACGGGAACUUGUACUGCCUGCGCUGUCACGACAAAAUGGGCAUCCCGAUCUGUGGCGCGUGCCGUCGGCCCAUCGAGGAGCGGGUGGUGCACGCUCUGGGCAAGACCUGGCAUGUGGAGCACUUUGUGUGUGCCAAGUGUGAGAAGCCCUUCUUGGGUACUCGCCACUACGAGAAGAAAGGCUUGGCCUAUUGUGAGAUCCACUAUCAUCAGCUGUUUGGCAACAUCUGCUUCGUGUGCAACAACAUCAUCAAUGGGGAUGUGUUCAGUGCGUUCAACAAGGCCUGGUGCGUCCACCAUUUCGCCUGCUCCAUCUGCGACAAGAAAAUGAGUCAGAAGACCAAGUUCUUUGAGUUUGACCAGAAACCGGUGUGCAAGGGCUGCUAUGACAAGUUCCCGGGGGAGCUGAAGAAACGUUUGAAGAAGGCGUACGACGAGGCCAUCAAGUCAGGCAAAUGAGCUGCGCCUGGCAUAAGGGAAGGUCGCCCGCCGUCCCGCCACCUCUAGGAUCUACCAAUUUACAGGCUCAUAACUCCACAUCUUACUUACUACGACUGUCCGUAGCCUUAAUGCAUGCAAUAUUUUGUUGGACGCCUUGUCCUCUCUUGGGCUUUCAGUUCAUUGACAAUCGCAUCGUUCACCGAGACAGGGUUUCUCACCACUUGUUGACCUAAGGCCUAUCUCCUGAUUGGUACCAGUUUGUUCUGAGGACUGUUUACUAAAACUUCUUUUAAAAAGUUUGCAGACAACUUCAAUGUCUUUCCAGAACACAAGAUGCUGAUUUGCUGUCCUCUAGUUGAGAAACCCUGUUCCAAGACCUACACAAUUUGGAAAGCAAGUAAUGGAGAGAGCUUCUAUUUUUGUUUUUUUGCUUUUUUAAAAUUCUACAUUUGUGUUGGCCCUUUUAAGUCACAUUAUUUGUCGCUCUAAAUCCUUUAAAAGGAUGUUUUUAUGGGCCCGCUGUUUCUAUAGAGACACAUUAGUAGUGAAACUUUUUGCCUCAUUGUAUUAUCUUUCACCAGGGAACAUCCCUUCUUUGAAUUUUAUCUGGCCUUAUUAUUUCAUCGAACACGAAUGCAAUGUCGCGUUUGGGGCCAAUUUGUUUGGAGGAAGGAUUUCAAUUGUAAGUGCCAACUCAAGACUGGAUGGAAAGAUUGAACCUGCUCACAUGUAGAAGGAAAAACCAAACUAUUACUCUUAUCUAAAAUUCUUUGAGUGUGACCUAAACCUUGGGUUUCUCUCUGCUUGACGAUGCGAAUGGUCAGAGGGAGGAGAGACGGGGUCGCUAUCAAGGAGGAUAUUCCCGCCCCCCCUCUCUCUCUCUCUCUCACGUCCUGUGACUCAAGAAAAGAAAAGACUGCCAACUGUCAGUGUCUACCUGUAUCGGUAUUAUCAGUGGCCUCAUGACCGUAUAGUCUUACGUUUGCUGCUGCAGCAGUCAAGUCUUGAUAUUUCUUCCCACUUUUGGUUAAGCCGCCUGGAUGGAGCUCUGCUUGUAUGGGCCUUUGUCAGUUUGGUACUGUUUGUUUUAUUGUAGUAAAGGUUACUGCUUGUGCAUUUUUGGAGUUGAAGGACUAAAGGCGUACUUUUUAGCAGCAAUUUUUAGAGCUUUGUAAAACGGGUUUUUGCAUAUUUUACAGUGAGUUCAGUUUAUAUGACGUUUUCAAAGACAACAGGCUUAGCUAUGGAUGGAGGUAAGGAUUAGAUUGUGGUACGGGAUGUAAGACUGGUGACUGAAAUUUUAGAAAAAUGUUUUGAUUUUUUGUCGUAAAACUUAUUGACUGCUCAGUGAAAGACCCGGUUUUACGUCACCUUUCACUAUGGCGUAUCGCAGUCUUGCACUGAGCUGUCGAUAUAUACAUGUAGCUUUACAUCACAUGCAUGUUUAAUCGAGAAUCAAAAGGAAUGUUUACUUUGUUUUGGAGAGAAAUUGUAAAUUUGUUAUACUGCUGUAAUUCAUUGUAAGAAAAGCAAUAGGAGUGUGAUACUUUUUCCUAAGGGUCUCGUUAAGAUUCUUCCUUAUUGCACUCUAUGGCUGCUUCCCUUGGUUCCCUGGUGUUGGCCGUUUGUGUUCUCAGCUGGGCAGAAGGGAGGCACGCCACAAAGGACAGCUGCUUCUUGUUUUAUUGCACCCAAUCUUUUUUUACAUCAUUGUGCCUACCCUUCCCAAUUUUUUUUUUGUUUGUUGUUUUGUUGGGGGUGGGGUGGGGGGGGGGGGCUUCAGCAAUUACCGUAGGGGUAUAUAUGGCCAACCUUUACACUUAGGGGCACUUUACUCGUACAUUAAAAAAUGUAUUUGCCCGUUGCUCCUCAGGCUAAUUUGCUUAUUGUUAGACUGAUGGGUUUUUGGUGAAUCUAAACUGUAGACAGUGGGCAUGGCAUGCAAUUUACCACCCAGCCAGAAUGGGGAACUCAUUUAACAAUGUGUUGUGUGUUAGAGAAGAGUGUGCAUACGCAAAAUAAUAAAUAUAACAUAACUUCAUUAUUCUGCUUCAAAUAAGGUCUUUAUGUGCUUUGACUAAUAUUGAUGUGCGGAGUAUGAAAAAGCUAUUAUGAUUUUUUUUUUUUUACCUACAAUAUAAAAAAAACAUUUGGAAUUAAAAAAUUUUAUCUGUCAAGAGAAACAUCAGACUAGAGGAACUGUUGUUCGCGUGUGUGGCCACCUUGGCCGGCAAGCAAACUAUCUGGCGUCACUAGACGUCGGCCUGACGACUUGGAGGCAUUGAGAAUUCUGUGAGACCUCUCAUGUACGUGCUCAAGUCGACCUCAAAUGGCAGCCUGAGGAUUAGCGGGCAUUGGGGAAAAAAAUUUUCUUUUAAAAACUGUAUGAGUAAAGGCCCCUAACACACAAGGGAUUUGUAUCACUGUUGCUCCUGUGGCAUGCACCUAUGUUGUACACAAGGAGCGUGUUGGUGCUAGAUUAAAUGUUCUUGUUCUCUUGUUAGCACGAUUGUUUGCAUUUGUCCGUGUGGCACUGGGUUUUGUUGCUUGUAAUUUAUGUGUGGUACUGUGUGGUACUGCGUUAAACACUGCCGAAAAUUCUGUUGAUGUAAAGUGUUGACAGAGAAUCCUGGCAAAGACGUAGGAUGGUUUCUUUCUUGACACUCAACUUUCAAGUGCUCAUAUUUUUAUGGAAAAAUAUAUUAUCUGACAGCCAGUUUACAGUAAAGAAUGAUUUUAAAACUUUUUUUUGGCUCUCUUUUACUUUUUGACAAGAGUUUGAGAAUUAUGUGGAAGACUCCACGAAACACCAGUUUAAAAAGUGACGUGUGACUGUCUUCUUACACCAGGCAGUCAAUCUGGUCACGUCAAGGUGAUGUGCAUCGCCCUCUUCUCUCCUGGGACAAGGAAAAAAUUUGAGACUGGUCUGAGAUUCCUGAAAUGAGAGAGCGUAGCGUCUUGACCAUGAGGACAAAGUGCCUUCUGUACGCGCUCCCUCCCCACUUGAAUUUGAAUCCAAUAAGGAAUUCUUACAGAAGAACCUAGUUUGAAGUCUGAGAAUAUUGCUACAGUCGACUCGGCUUGUGUUGAACUCGCUCGAGUAGAUCUUUUGUUAAGUUGAUAAUUUUCUCAGGUCCCAGAACCUCUUGUUCUUUACGACUGGUCCCAACGAUUAAGUUGGAUUUCGGAUGAGUUCAUCUUUUUUCACUCCCCCGACAUCAACUUCACUCAUCCAUUGUGAACUGUAGUACUAAGACCACGUUUUAAUCUAUUUCAAACUCUUGGGAAGCUUAGUCCUGAUUCUGGAUAGAUUCUUUUUCUCUCUCCCCAUUGUGGCUAUAAUCUUGUACUAUCCCCAAGUCAUGUAAUGUUUUGAAAAUGGUGACUAUGAGUGUAUGACAUUACCUUACUGGUUGGCUUUUUUCCCCAUAUAUAUAUAUAUAUAUAUAUAUAAGAGAAAGCAUCUGGUUGUUUGUCUUGAUUGUCUGUUUGUUUGAGUGGAUAUAGUUGGAAGUCGUCAGCAGCGAAUUUAGUGACUGAAGAGUGUGUCAUUCUUUAAACAUUUAUUGCUUCUAGUUCAGUGUGCAUGGUGCCGCAUUCUUGUGUAUAUCAAAUGCUUGUAGUUCUGUGUAUAGGUUAUAUAUAAUAUAUAUAUAUAAUCAUCUGCCUUACGAUUUGUACAGACGUUUGGUUCAACACGUACCGGAAUGUAGACAGUCAUCUAGUGCCUCCAUGAAUAAGUUAUUAAUGGUUUGUACAAAACAUUGUUUGGAAUGAUGUCUACCUCUGUGUUUGCUAUUUCAUGUUGGAAAAAUUAUCAUCUAAAUUGUGUUGAUGAGGGUGUUAAAAACAUUACAGUCGCACUUGUGUAAGUAUGACAAGUCUCCACUGCCCAGGGAGAAGUGGUCAUCUUAGACAGGUGUUCCUCUUGGACAGUGUCAUGAAACCGACACAACAAAAUGCAAGGGAGGGAGUGGGAAGUGGUGUUUAUCACAGGUGGUGGUUUGAGCAGGUCCGACUGUAUUUUUGAUGUUUGGCUCUGAUCCUGAGGGUGAAUGUACGGGGCAGGCUGUUUGUCAACAUUAUGCUAUUCCCUGAGAGCAGGUUCCGUAUGUUCUAAGAUUGCUGUGAAAAAACUAGUCCUGGACUUUCAGCUAGGGUGUGUCAUUUAUAAGCUCAGUUAGUACCAUGCUGGGCUGUGGUGUGGAUGACACUGGUUCCAAUUCCAAAUGGGCUGUCCUUGAAUUGGAUUUUAUUUGGAGUUUUCAAGGCUGUCACCUCCGUGACUGAGUCUUGAGGAGAUGUGUGUUGUACUUGGAGAAAGUGCCGCCAACAGUGCUGUACUUGGGGGUAGCACCCAUCUGAUAACUUACACUGUUGAACUUGGGGAUAACACCCGUGUGAUAGCUUUCACUGUUGAACUUAGGGGUAGAUCUACCAGCCUCUGUGGUGUAGCGGUUAGGCACUUCACUGUCACACGCUGAAGACCCAAGUCGAUUCUCGAGUGGGGAGAGAAUUUAUAUCGAGUGUCCCUGUUUUUCUGCUGGGAUGUUUGUGUCCCUCUACGUCUGGGCUGGCCCUGACGGGCAGGGACGGGAGCCCGCCUCCUUGUUGAUCUAAAAUAGGUCAGUGGGUGGGGAAAAACACUUACAAGUCCCCCAAAAUCUUGGUGGUAGCGCCUCUUUAACAACCUUAGUGUUGAGCAGUGUGCAAAUGCCUCCUAGUGUAAGAUUUGAACCUGUUCAGUGUGGAAGGGAAUGCACACGCCUGUCUCCUGAACACAUCUGUCUACCAUUGUGAUUGUUUCUCUCUGUCACUUCUAGUUCCUUCUCUUCCUCUCGUCUCAUUUUGUUUUUCUUUGGCCUUCUUGUCUUUUCGUCUUUGUCUCUGCCUUUUUUCUGCUUCGUGUUUCUAUCAUAUUAUUAUGACAUAACAAUAGCUGUUUUAAAUUAUUAAAGGGACAUUACCUGCUCUAACGCAGGUAAUUAUUACCGAUA